UUCGGAGCUUCUUCAUCCUCCCCCAGCGUUGUCAUUUUGCAUUCUGCCUUUCCCUGUGAGGAGGAAGAUCAACCAAGUCUCGGGACCUGGCCCAGUCCAGAGCUGUGCCAUGGCAGAGACUGGAGAAGAGGAGGCGGUGUCUGCAGAGGCCUCGGGAUUCUCAGACAUGAGUGACUCGGAGUUUCUGGACCUGGAAGAUAGCCAAGAGUUGAGUGCUUCACUAAGCAAGCCUAGCCCUUCUUCUGAACUCCCUGGGAAGGAUGGCAAGUCCAUAAGCUUACCAAGGUGGGAAAGAGGAUUGGAUGUCUCAUCACCCAUGGAGCGAUUCCAUCUUAAAUAUUUGUGUGUGACUGACUUGUCUACUCAGAACUGGUGUGAACAGCAAAUGGUAUAUGGGAAGGAGCUUCCUGCUUUCCUGGCACCUGAGAAGGCAGCUGUUUUGGACACUGGUGCCAGCAUUCAUCUAGCUAGAGAACUGGAAGUUCAUGAUCUUGUGACUAUCCCCAUCACCAGUAAAGAAGAUACUUGGGCAGUUAAGUUCCUGAAUAUGUUAUCAAUGAUUCCUACCCUGCAGUCAGGAGGGCACAUCAGAGAGUUUCCAGUGUUUGGAGAAGUGGAGGGUGUGCUUCUCGUUGGAGUGAUUGAUGAGCUGCACUAUACAGCCAAGGGGGAACUAGAACUGGUUGAACUCAAGACACGCCGAGGCCCUGUGCUCCCUCUGGAAGCUCAGAAGAAAAAAGACCGUUUUCAAGUCAGCCUAUACAAAUAUAUCUUUGAUGCCAUGGUACAAGGGAAAGUGACUGCUGCUAGCCUGCUACACCACACAAAAUUGCAUCCAGAAAAGCCACUGGGACCUUCAGUGCUGAAGCAUGCCAAGCAGGGAGGCUUCUCUGUGACAUCCCUGGGUGACCUCAUGGAGCUGGUUUUCUUGUCUUUAACGCUGUCUGACCUUCCAGUCAUUGACACUCUGAAGAUUGAGUAUAUCCAUCAAGAGACUGCUGCUUUGCUGGGUUCGGAGAUUGUGUUCUUUGAAGAGAAGGAGCUGAGAAAUAAAGUGCAGCACUAUAUGGCCUACUGGGUGGGCCGCAGAGAGCCUCAAGGGGUUGAUGUGGAGGAGGCUUGGAAAUGCUGGACGUGCAGCUAUGCAGAUAUCUGUGAGUGGAGGAAGGGCAGUGGAGCGCGCCGCUCCACGCUGGUGCCCCAAACCAAAUGAGCCACGUAACAGAACAUAUACCUUAAGAAACUUGGAUCCUUCCUGCUCCUGAUGUACUCAACAGAGUAAAAGAGGACCAGUCCCUGAGCUUAGCUUUCAUGGAGAGUGUUCUUAUUUUGGUUCUUUUCAUAUUUUCUCAACCUCUAACCACUCAAAUCUAGGUCCAAGGCUCAGGUGAGCAGGAGAGAUCUGGGAUUGUACUGUACCUGGAGCCUCACCAUAGAUUACGAAGAAGAUGGAGGCUCAUCAUGACUGGAGCAAAGCAAUCAGUGCUUUCCUAAGAUGACUCCUUAGUUUCUGUUAAGUCUCUACCCUAUUUUUUCUCAAUCAAGGCUUUCUACAUUUUAUAUAAUAAAAUAAACUGAAACACA